GGGACCUGCCUCCAGCUGUCACACAGGGGUUUUAAACAUGGCGGAGCGCGUGGCCGCACGUUUGGCCGCACAGGAACGGCAAAUCGAGGCGCUCAGCGAGGAGAUCAGCCGCCUCCGUGAUGGAGUGAGUGGCGGCUGCCUCUGCGAUGAGAUCGCGAGCGGCUCCGAGCUCGAGGACCUGCGGAGCGAGAACGAGAAGCUCCGGUACCGGCUCGUGCACCUCCAGCGCGCUCUCCAGGUCGAACUCGAGCUCGAGACACAGGGCCAGGCCGGCGCGCGCACAGGCCGCGAGAACAAGAACAAGAGCAACGCUUUGCAUGAGAAGCGCGAGACGAGCAAGAAAGAAACGCCUAAAGUUAAAGUACCCCAGAAGCGUACAGAACCCCCAAAGCCUUCAGAGGUCCAGAACACAACGGAGAAGAACAAGAAGAAGGAGAAACCUACAGGACAGGGAGGAGUAGGAGAGCUGAACCCAUGGCCCAGCUACGUAUCGGAGCGCUUGGAGCUCUAUGAAAGACUGAAAAAUGAGAGUGAUGCCAAUCUGGCCAAACAGGCAGCUAACAGCAAGCCCAUCUCCGUCCAGCUGCCCGAUGGACAAAUCGUGGAGGCUCGAUCCUGGGUCACUACUCCUUACCAACUCGCCUGCGGGAUCAGUCAGGGUCUGGCUGAUAACUGUGUGAUCGCCCGGGUGGACGACGAGCUGUGGGAUUUGGAUCGACCGCUGGAGAAGGACUGCUCUCUGGAACUGCUGCGCUUUGACAAUGAAGACGCCCAGGCUGUAUACUGGCACUCCAGUGCCCACAUCCUUGGAGAAGCCAUGGAGCGCUUCUAUGGAGGCUGCCUGUGUUACGGGCCUCCCAUCGAGAACGGCUUCUACUACGACAUGUUCCUGGAUGGACAGAAAGGAGUGUCCAGCACGGAGUUUGGAGAUCUGGAGACGCUCUGUAAGGGCAUCAUGAAGGACAAGCAGCCGUUCGAGAGACUGGAGAUUAGCAAGGAAACGCUGCUGGAGAUGUUUAAGUACAACAAGUUUAAAUGUCGCAUCCUGAAUGAGAAAGUGACCACCCCUACCACUACUGUGUACAGAUGUGGUCCUCUCAUUGACCUGUGCCGAGGUCCACACGUGCGCCAUACGGGCAAAAUCAAAGCCCUGAAGGUCUACAAGAACUCCUCCACGUACUGGGAAGGCCGCUCGGACAUGGAGACGCUGCAGAGAAUUUACGGGAUUUCUUUCCCCGACACUAAGAUGCUGAAGGAGUGGGAACGCUUUCAGGAAGAGGCCAAGAACCGAGACCACCGGAAAAUCGGAAAGGAUCAGGAGCUGUUCUUCUUUCACGAUCUGAGUCCAGGCAGCUGUUUCUUCCUCCCUCGAGGAGCCUACAUCUACAACACUCUGACUGAGUUCAUCAGGGAGGAGUACUGGAGAAGAGGUUUUCAGGAAGUGGCAUCUCCAAACAUCUACAACAGCAAGCUGUGGGAAACGUCAGGCCACUGGCAGCACUACAGUGAGAACAUGUUCUCCUUCCCUGUGGAGCAGGACAUCUUCGCCCUCAAGCCCAUGAACUGCCCCGGACACUGUCUGAUGUUCUGUCACCGGCCCCGCUCUUGGAGAGAGCUUCCACUGAGGCUGGCGGAUUUUGGCGUGCUGCACCGUAAUGAACUCUCAGGGACACUAACUGGACUCACCCGCGUCCGCCGUUUCCAGCAGGACGAUGCCCACAUCUUCUGCACCAUGGAUCAGAUUGAGUCAGAGAUGAAGGGCUGUCUGGACUUCCUGCGCUGUGUCUAUGACGUCUUCGGCUUCUCCUUCCAGCUGCAUCUGUCCACCCGGCCGGAGAAGUUCCUCGGGGACAUCGCCGUGUGGGACCAGGCUGAGAAGCAACUUGAGAACAGUCUGAAUGAGUUUGGGGAACCAUGGAAGCUAAACCCAGGCGAUGGAGCUUUUUACGGGCCGAAGAUUGACAUCAAGAUCAAGGACGCCAUCGGACGUUAUCACCAGUGUGCCACCAUCCAGCUGGACUUCCAGCUUCCUAUUCGCUUCAACUUAACUUACAUUGGGAAAGACGGAGAUGAUAAAGCCAGGCCUGUGAUUAUCCAUCGCGCCAUCCUGGGCUCGGUCGAGAGGAUGAUCGCCAUUCUCACUGAAAACUACGCUGGAAAAUGGCCGCUCUGGGUAUCUCCUCGCCAGGUGAUGGUGGUUCCUGUGAAUCCGUCCCUGGAAGAAUACGCCAGUGAGGUGUGUAAGCAGUUUGUGGAGGCGGGUUUCAUGGCGGAUGCAGACCUCGACUCCGGCUGCCUUCUGAACAAGAAAAUCCGCAAUGCUCAGCUCGCUCAGUACAACUUCAUUUUGGUGGUCGGUGAGAAGGAGAAGAUGACUAACAGCGUCAAUGUGCGCACCAGGGACAACAAGGUCCACGGCGAGCUGACGGUGCCCGAGGUUCUGGCUCGGCUUUCGCUGCUCAAACAGUCGCGCUGCAAGAACGCCGAGGAGGUCUUCUGAACAAACACACGGGCCUGAUUCCAAUUCAGACUUUCAAAAAGCCUCAUAUAUGUAUUUUUUUUUUUUCGGUAGCAGCUGUUUGGUUGAUGAUGAUGACUUGAAUCGGGGUGUUACGGUGUCAUGCUUUCACGGUUAGUCACCUUGUACGAUCCGAUGCUUACUUCAUUUGCUUUCCAUUUCUUACUGCCUAUGUUUAGUUUUUUUUACCCAGCCUUUUGUUACUCCAGAGGGUUUUGUUCUUUUCAGAGAACACUGCUAGGCUGAAAACAUGAAAACCGUUCAGCUGUGUUGAAUCCGCCGCUGCUGUGAACAUGUUUCUGACUUUUCUGGCUUGUUAGAUGUUCAAGGAACAAUGUUUUCCUCUUUUCUUCAAAAACCCCUUUCAGUUGAUAAAUGCUAACAUGAUAAAUGCUAACCAACCUUGCAAAUGUCCUUCUUAGAAUGAAAAAUAAUUCCUCAAUUAAGGUUUCUUUUUGUUUUCUCUGUUUGUUGUUAUUUCUAAUGUUGAUUAAAACUGUGAUUAAUACUUUUAUUUAUUUAUCAUCAUCCUGUGAACCCUGUAACACCCCUAGACUGGAUUAUUAAACACUACGUUGGGAGGAGGGGGGGAAAAACGGAAGUAAGAGGCUUUAUGUUUGGAUUGGGAUCAGGUCAUCAGGUGCAACAGACAAGAAACAGGACAAAGUGGAAAGGGAAAUGCAGUGGCAGUUAUAGAAAGUGGGACAUGAUGAUGGUCUGAGUUCAACAAAGAGACGUUAACAGCGUUAGAGGGAAGGUGUGAAUGAAAGUAAAUGAAAUCUCUCUUCUGUACCAUCGAAGGAAGAUGCUUUUUCAGUGCGUCGAAUGAAAUCCAAACGGUUCUGCAGACACGUGGGAAGCAGUUGGUGGAGGUGACGUUUGGCUUGAACACUCGUGAAUGCAGAAAAUCAUUUUGACAAAAUGUCAUUUCAAUGAGUUGGGGUUUUUUUUUUUUGUCAAUUGCACUGAAUGCAAGAACACAGACGGUAAAUUUCACCCAGACUGUUAUGUUGUGAAUUGUGUGCUGUUAAAGGGACGGUUUGAUGGAGUGAUGUGUGAUGAGGAGGAAAAACUGAAGUAAAGCUUUGAUGACUGCAGGGAAUAAUGAAGAAUAAACCAUUUUCUGAGA